GAUUCGGGCAGAGCACUGGGCAUGUGAGCAUAUAUUGAUUUUCCGCCAUUCCGUUUGGGAUGCUGCCGAAAUAAACUUUGCAACUGGUCUGAAUCUCAAUCUGAAUUAGUCUCUUUUCAAACGCGAAACUGAAAGCGGAAAGACGCCGAGUGAAAAUGAAAUAUAUAGAAGGGAAGACCGCGGACUAAGAAUUCAUAAAAUUAUACAUACCGCGCAGCGAUUUGAAAACAUUCGGAUUGUGUGCUUCAAUUUGUUGGUGGUCGCGUACUUUUCCGCACCGUCCGAAUCGGCACGAAAAGCUGCGAGAUUGGUCUAAAAUUAGCGACCGGUGUGUUUUGGUAGAGUGUUGUAUUGGUUAGGGGGUCCCAGUGAACUCCGGCCCCUUCGAACCCCCAGCGGCACUCUUGGGAUAUAUAGUUUAUACACACACGAGUGUUUACCCAUAAAUCGGUCAAGAUGCCUCCUGCAUCCAACACGAUCGUGCUGAAAAGCCUCUCGGUCCUGCUAGGCCUGUUUUUUAUCUUCGUAGGCACCCUCAAGCUGACGCCGCACAUCAGCAAGGAUCUGUACAAGGACCUGCGCACAGAAUACGUGAAGUAUGCUAAGGUAUUUCCGCUGACUGCCCUUUUCGGAGUAAAGAUCCCCUCGAAAUGGUACCGCCGCACCGUUGGCAUCCUGGAGAUCGUCUGCGGUCUUGCCAUGGCUCUGAUUCCCUAUCAUAAAGUCAAGAAUGCGGCCAACAUUACGCUGCUGGUGCUGAUGUUGCUGGGCAUCUACCAGCACUGGAUGGUAAGUGAUCCCUUCGAGCGUUCAGGACCGGCGCUCGUGUUCACUUUCAUGCUGGGCGGCCGCCUGGUGGUCUGGUAUCAGACUGCCCGACUCCAGGACGAGGCCUCAACGACCACGCAGCCUCCUGCGAACGGAGUCAAGCAGGAUUAGGCGCCUGCUCCAAAGGCAUCACUUACUCAUAGUCAUUCACUGAUCCAGCUUUGUUUUAGCACCUUCAGUUGGGUUCGAAAGCGAUUGGCGCGCCUAUAUUUGGGUCAAAAAAUCAUUCACAUCAUUCUAGCAAAUCGAAAUUCAUGUUUUCACUUUGGUGCCAAAUAAUUAUCGUAUACAAAACUAAUAUAUUGUAUGUAAUGGCGAGAGAUAUUAACUAAAAUUGUAGAGCCGCGGCAUAAAGACACGACCACAACAAAACACAAUUGUAAUCAAAUCCUUUUCCUAACGGGCACUUAGUCGAAACCAUCUAAAAUACGACUUUUAGAAACAAUUUUAAUAAAUUUGAACAACUCAUACACAUAUAAAAUUAA